GGUGCACGUGUACUAGACAUAAGUACCGUGGGACAGACACUCACAUCGCAGCUGGAGCAAUAAUAAUAAGGAUCAUUUAGGAUUUGUAUUAUUUCAGUUCCUGGGUUCUUAUGUUGCAAGUUAAAAGAGUUGAUUCCCUUCCAUGUUUUGUACGGUGAUGAAGCGGUUUACAAAUUACCACGGGUCCGGAACAUGUUGCUAUAGGAAUAUUUCUGUCUCACUUGUAUUCUUAUUGCACAGACCAGAUCUUGAGCAUUGGGGAGUUACAAAAUGAUAGCAAUCAGUUUGUUAUGGUUCCGUAGAGACCAUUAAACCACUCUUAAGACCACUGAUGUCCUACAUGACAAGCUUCAAAAAUCAAUUUUGCAGCCAUGGCUGAAGGAUAUCUUGGUGGAGAAGGUUACCUUGUCAAGAGAGUUCGGCAGACACUUGAUGUAGGUGUGCAUGGAACAUGUUCUCCAGGUAAGUCCUGUCAGCAUUCCUCUCACCAACGGAACCACAGUUUGGACUUCAGGCCAUUUCAAAAUACUAUCCAGACACAUCAUCGAAACCGUAGUCUAGACUCUGUGCUUCAGGGAAUUCCAGAAAGUGGGUCUGAAUUAUCCACGUUAGUCAAACCUAAGUUACUUCUAAAUUAUAGCCCCUCUUCUCCAUAUUGUUCCUGCUCUCAAAACUCUGCUCCUCUCUGUGAGGGAACUAAAGACACUGACAGGACCAGCCUAGCUUCUGAUGACAGUGGCAUAUUUAACUCUGAUGAUGGUGACAGAGCAACCAGAGCAGCAACUUUUGACAUUUCAUCUCUGGGUUCUGAGCAUAGAACCAACAGUUCCUCUGAGCUGCAUUUAGGUUGUGAAUCUUUUCAGUUAGAUUGUGAGGUGAGUGCUGUUCCAUUGGAAACGGAAUCUGAAAACACAAGAACAAAAGAUGAUGUAGAAAGUGAGAUAAAGAUGGAUGAGAAUCAUCAGGCUGCUGUACCACAGACUUUAUUGUGGUCAAACAGUACUGAGAUUCCCAUUGUACUUUCAAAAAAUCCACCACCACGAGAAUCCUGGUUAUUGAGACUCUUUGAAUCAAAACUUUUUGACAUGUCAAUAGCUAUUACAUAUCUCUUUAAUUCAAAGGAAACUGGAGUGUUAACAUACAUUGGAAACAAGAUUUUUAGCUUCAAAGACAGAGAUGUAGAGUUCUUCUUGCCACAGCUGGUUAGUCUCUAUGUUCAUCAUGCUGAUACUGCAGGUGCUAUACAACCUUAUCUAGUCCAUAGAUGUAAGAAGAAUGCAAACUUUUCACUUCAGUUGGCCUGGUUAUUAACUGCUUACUGUUCUGACACUAAUGCACCCUUGCAAAGAAAAUCUCAAGGAGUGAAGUUGAAAAAUAGAAUUCUAUCAGAGGAACUGAGGCCACACCUACCCACAGAUGGAGCACCAUUGUAUGCUAAUUCAUUAUUGGUAACCAGUUCAGUAAUAAACAAAAAAACUCAUCAAAGAUCAUAUUCAGAUGCAACAGGGUUAGGAGCUGGAGAAAAUAAUCUCUCACAUCCUUUGAAUGAAAAGCGGGUAUCAGGUGACCUGGCCUCGGGUCAGGCCUUCAAUAGUGGAUGCAUUUGUUUUCAGAGUUGUGAAGGUGUGUGCAGUGACUUGAGAGGAGAGAAAAUACAGUGUAAUUGUCAGGCACCAAGAUUAGCUCCUGAAAAUGAAUUUGUGAAAUCACUGAUUUCCAUUGGUCUACGACUGCAGGCCCUGUCUACAAAAGAACUGAAAACCCAACGACUUCAGGCAGAACUGUCAGUAUUAAAUGUCAACCUCCCAGCACGAGUAUGGUUGCCUAUUCACUACUCAAACUUUCCACACUUGGUGGUUCGAGUUCCACCUCAGGCUGCAGUUGUACUCAACUCUAAAGAUAAGGCUCCAUAUAUCAUCUAUGUGGAAGUGAUUGAAGUUGAGGAUAUGGAGAAAAGUCCUAUUCCUUCCAAAAUUGCUAACACUCUUCGACAGACCCGCUCUGAAGAUAACUUGUUAAACUAUUACAGUCAUCAAGAUGUCUCUCCUGGUUCUUUUUCUCUUUACCCUAUUGUCGAUGAUGAUGGUGAGUGUUGGAGCCAAGUAUAUGAUGAUAUCUCUCUUCAGCUACAUAACAUCACUUGUCACAAGACCAGAGACAGAGACACUCUUUCUCAGUUCUCUCAGGACAGCGGAACAAGUACAGACAGAGACCCUGUCUUGGUAGCUGCUGGCGACAUUAGACGGCGACUUUCAGAAAGCAUUAAUGUUCCCAAGACUACAUUCACACGAGAUCCAGAAGAUCCUUCAGCAGCAGCACUUAAAGAACCUUGGGAAGACAAGAUAAGAAGAAUUCAAGAAUCAUCACCUUACAGUUGCUUGUCUGGGUGGCAGCUUUUGGCAGUCAUUGUCAAGUGUGGUGAUGACUUGAGGCAAGAACUGAUGGCCUAUCAAAUCCUGGCAACCCUCCAAAAAAUUUGGGAACAGGAGCGAGUGCCACUGUGGAUCCGCCCUUACCGUAUCUUAGUGACAUCAUCAGACAGUGGCAUGAUUGAACCCAUACUAAAUACUGUAUCACUUCACCAGAUCAAGAAACAUAGCAAAAUGUCACUUUUGAACUAUUUCCUCCAAGAAUUUGGCUGUCUGAAUUCAGAAGAGUUUUUAUCAGCACAAAAAAACUUCGUACAGAGCUGUGCAGCAUACUGUAUUGUCUCAUACCUCAUUCAGGUGAAAGACAGACACAAUGGGAAUAUCCUGUUGGAUGCUGAAGGUCAUAUAAUCCACAUAGACUUUGGCUUUAUCUUGUCUUCCUCUCCAAAAAACUUGGGCUUUGAGAACUCUCCUUUCAAACUGACACAAGAAUUUGUCAGUGUUAUGGGAGGUCUUGGAAGUGACAUGUUUGAAUAUUUCAAGAUUCUUAUACUCCAAGGACUUCUUGCUGCUCGUAAACACCACGAGAAGAUUCUAGUUUUGGUUGAAAUCAUGCAAGCCAGUGCUCAACUACCCUGCUUUAAAAAUGGAGCUAGUGCUGUAAAAGCACUGAAGGAACGAUUUCACAUUGGCUUUACCGAAGAUCAGCUUCAGCUUUUUGUUGAUAGCAUGGUGGAGUCCAGUAUGCACUCCCUGACCACCAGGUUGUAUGAUGGAUUUCAAUAUUUAACCAAUGGCAUCCUUUGAGCCAAAAAACUACAAUAAACAAUGUGUCCAUACAAAACUCACUUUCUUUUUAAAUCAAUGGUGCGAUAUCAAAGACUACAGAAUAUGCAUUAGAUCUUUUUAGGAUUUUUAACAUGGAGAUAGUUCUAACAUAACUAAAAUUGUAUAUGACAUGUUCUCCAAAUAGUUUUGCUUUUACCUAGUUGUAAAACAAUAUGCUGUAGUCAUGGCAACCACCAUUAAUCUUUAAUAAGAAACUCUCUGUUGUGACAAGAAAUGAAGUUUUCUUCAUACAAAGUAUAUUCUUCCUGUUAUUUACAAUUCCAAUCAACUGUCACAUCUAACCUGGAAGAAAAACAUCAACAGUUGUGUGUAGCACAGAGAAAAUGUGGUUCUAAUAAUAUUGCUUCACAUAAUGAGUUUUAUUCCACUUACAGAUAUUGGUGUGAGAUCGUAAUUUAAAAUUCAUUCUCUAAACAAUGUAGAUCAGUUUAUAAUAUUAUACUAGAAACAAACUAUUUGACCAUACUUCAUUUUUCUACAUGAACAGGUUGGAUUAUGAUGUGGGCUUCCAGAUGCAACAACAACUACUGAUUUCUGUGAGACAGUGACAGAUGUAUAAUAUGUAGUGAUGUAAUUUGAAAGGACAGUUUUACAGUUUGUAAUGACAGCUCAAAGAGAACAGAUAUAAAAUAUUUUGUCAUGUAGCUUGAAGGGACAGUUUUACUGUUUGUAAUGACAGCUUAAAGGGAACAGAUAUAAAAUAUUUUGUCAUGUAACUUGAAGGGACAGUUUUACUGUUUGUAAUGACAGCUCAAAGGGAACAGAUAUAAAAUAUUUUGUCGUGUAACUUGAAGGGACAGUUUUACUGUUUGUAAUGACAGCUUGAAGGGACAGAUAUAAAAUAUUUAGUGAUGUAAUGUGAAGGGACAAUUUUACCAUUUGUAAUGGCAGCUUGAAGGUACAAGUAUAGAGGAUGUAGUAAUACAACUUGUAGGGACAGUUGUUCUGUUUGUAAUGACAGCUUGAGCUUGAAGGGACAUAUCUAGAGUACGUAGUGAUGUAACUUGAAGGGGCAGUUUUACUGUUUGUAAUGACAGUUUGAAGGAAUAGAUUUAGUGAUGUACAAGAUUUAAAAUUUCAUUACUGUGGACCCACAAUACAUAGAGACUCCACCCUUGAAAGGGGUAGAUUUGCAGAUAGUGGUGAUAUAGCUUAAAGGUGUAGAUGUAAAUACUAGUUAUUCAAAGUUACAGAAUAUUAGUGAUAAUGUAGUUUUGAUACCACCUUUGCUCGAGGUUUGAUAGAGUCACUAUGUGAAGAGUUUACAUAAUAUUACUGCUGGAAGCCUACAUAUACUAAUAUAAAGCAUUGAACCCUUUGUAAUAGCAUGGCAUUUCUUUAGAAAACUUGGACCAAUACUAGAUUUUAAGAUUCAAUAUUUGUUUACAUGACUGAGUUGUAUAUUGUAAUUAAUUGCAAAUAAUGAAUUUGACCUUUUGUAUAAAAAAAUUCCUGUUGUUUAACACAACCUUAAGGAGGUUUUAUUACUAUGAGUGAGUUUGUAGUCUUAUUUAUAAGUGUACAUAGACACACUUUUCGUGAGGGAUAUUUUGUGCCUUGUAUUUUUUCAAAUCAACCAUUGUUAUAAAUUUACUUUAUCCGAUAACAUGUUAGAAACAUUGUCGUCCAUUACUCUUGUCCUAAUGAUAAACAUCAACAAAAUUGUUUUAGUUAUGAAUAACAAGAUAAUUGUCACAGGCAUUUUGUAUAGUUUAAGAGUAUUGUUGAUGGUUAAUAGUUGCUAGUGAAAGCUAAUGACAUCGGUAACUGUUACUGGGAUUGAUUUAUAUAUAUAUAUAUGUGUGUGUGUGUAUGGCUUAUCAGAAGAAAAUAAUGAAAUAUGUGUAAAAUUUAUUUGUAAAUAUUCAAAGUUUUUUAGGUUGUGAUUUAAAUAUAGUUUGAAGGUAGUUCUAGUAUACUGAAAACUAAUAUAACCAAACAGUUUUACUUUAUUUAAUAAUUUUUUUUUUUUGUAAAUUUUGUGCAUUUGCCACUAAACAUCAUUAAAGAAAAUAUCAAUAAAACAAUUUCUUGAUUUUCUAGUACGUUGCAAUAUGAAUUGUUGAAUGUUUCAAACAAAUAUAUGUACCCAUAGUCCUGAAGUCAGAAACUUUCAACAUUGUUCAAGAUCGUGUGUAAUUAAGUAAGUGUUUUGUUAAGUGUUUAUCGGCACUGAAAAGUUUAAGGAUUUUACAGUUAAGUAUUAGAAGAAUACUGUAAUGCCUUUUCAAUUAAGAAUUAUUCUUAGCAUUGAUAUUUUAAAAUACAAGUCUUAAAUUAUGUGUAACAUGGUUUUUAUGUCAUUACCUUGAUGUUGUAAUUCAAAAAAAAAAUUUUUAUCUUGCAUUUUUACAGAAUAAAAACAAAAAUUGAAAUUGGGAAAACCAUUUUAAAACAAAAUGAAUAUCUUUAUAAAUAAAUAUGAACCUAAUUUACAAUGUCAAGUAUUUUUACUUUUCUGUUUUUUGAAAUGGUUUGGGCACUAAUAUAGUUUAUCGUAUUUCAGAUUUCUGAUACCUGUGAAGGACAUUGAAAUUUCAUAACUUUUUUUUUUAUAUUUUUUUAUCUCCAUACUUGAUUAUUAAAGCUUUAAAGUUAGAACUUCUGCUUUAAAGUAAAAAGGUUUUUCUCAACAUAUGAUAACGUAAUAACUAAUUUAGUUUAAGUUAUUUUCAAAUCAGUGAGUUUAACAAAUAUAAAAUAUAUUUUGCAUUUAUAAGUUAUCUUUAUUCUUUGACAUGUUUAACUUCUGGUUAGGUUUCUUAUAAAACAGCUUCAAAUAAACUCACCAAAGUUUCAUCAGCAUUAAAUAAUAUGUGUUUUAACUGUCCAUAUUCAGCUAUAAGUAGUGACACAGAAUAUUGUGUUUUUAUCUAAAGUCCAGUGUGAAAUAUACCCAUAGAAAGACAGUUAAUUAAUAAUAAUAGACUACAAGCUGAAGAAAGCUGAAAUACUAAGUGUAAAAAAAACUUGUGCAUGUCAGAUUUUAAAGAACUAAGAAUAAUUAUUGUGAGUGAAAUUGUGUGGAACAUUCCGAGGAAACUACGUUUGUAUGUUUCUAGAGAUUCCAAACAUUCUGUGAUGUUACCAACAGCUUAAUGUGUUUUGUAUUAUCUUCACUCAGUUCAUAAAUACUUAUUUUUUGAAAGUAUUUUUUUUCUCACUACAUGAACUGAUUUAGCAACUGGGGAUGUGUGUUACCACAUAAGAAAUACUUUCUGUGUACACCUAGUAACUGACAUUUAGACUAAUUAAUAUGACUGACAACUAGCAUUUAUAAAUGAAUUUUAACUUGCAAGUUACAUUUUCUUGAAAGAAUGAAUUUUUUAUUAACCUACUUUUUUGUGAAUUAUAACCCAACAUUAUCUCGUGACUUGGAUAGUGAAAAUUGGUCACACGUAAAUAUCAUAAGUGUUAAUGAUUCUAUAAAAUGCUUGAUCUAUAAACACACUUUCAUAUUUUUGAGUGUGUUCAUGUUCACCCUUCAUUUCUUUGUUCUUUGUGAUACAAUCAAAAUAGUAAUUCAGUCAUUUAGAGUUUUUCGACACAAAGACAAUUUUUUUUUUUGUGUUUUUGUUGUUUGAAACACCUUAAAUCUAAAGCCACCAGGUCUUAAACAGGACACUGGUGAUCUCUACAAAAAUUGACGUGUUGCAUUGUUCAAGGUGUGGUAUUUAACUAUUUGUGCAAGAUACAAAUAUGAUUAAAACAUUCAACGUAUUAUUACUUGCUGGAUUUUUUUUCUAGUGUGUUAUCUAGCAAACUGUAGUAAUAAAAGUUAUAUGUUCAUGUAACUUUUAUUAGAAAUGACAUCUUAGAAAUUAUUCUUAGCCCGACUGUCAUUAAUAAGUUGUUAAAUGAUAAGUUAUCAUGCAGGCUAGUGAAUUUAUUGGUUACAUAAACGUUUAACCUACUAGUUUUAGCCAUCACUUUUAAUUUCAAGUUAAACGUGUAUCACCAUCUGACAUCCAUGAUAUUUACAAGUUAAACAGUACCACGGGUUAUGAUGUAUUUAGAGUUUUCUCCUCUGUGAUUAAUAGACUCAUACUGGCCCAAGCAAUAUGUUUACCUACGUACUGGGAAAUACUAAUUUCGACAAAAGUAAUUAGUGUCUUGACUGAUGAUAUGAUGGUAUAUCAUAUUAUAUGAUGGUAUAUCAUACCACUUGCCAGCCAAAGUGGGAAUCUUGGGUUCGAAACAUGGUGCAGUCAAACAUAGCUGUGGGUUCAUUAUAAGUAGUAAAUCCCACUGUUUGAUUAAGAGUAAUCGCAUUAGGCGGCAGGUGUUACCGACUGGUUACCUUCCCACCGAUCCGCAGUUCAAAAUUAGGGAAGGCUUUGCGUGAAUCACAUUUACGGAUCUCUGACCUGUCGUUUGCUUCAUUGUGAGCAUAACAUGAAGUUGAGAAGUUUAAAACAAACUACUCUGACCUGCACGUAUUCUCUAAUAACACCUCACAAGUUUUUGAAUUUCUAUCAGGUGUCAUGAUGUGUUAUGGUAUGGUAGAUCAAUUAUAACUUAAAUAAUUUAAAACUUUAUUGCACAAAAAAUAUAACAAAAAAAUUGGCAUUGUUGUUAGUUACACUCAAGAUUCAACUGAAACGAAUAGGAACCGUAUAAUUAAUGUACUUUUAUAUAAAUUGGGCCCCUCAGUGGCACAGCGGUAUGUCUACGGACUUACAACGCUAGAAUCCGGGUUUCGAUACUCGUGGUGGGCAGAGCACAGAUAGUCCAUUGUGUAGCUUUGUGCUUGAUUACAAACAAUAUAACUGAGCUUUUAUUAUAGCAAACUGCUUGUUGAUGUAAAGCAUAUUCAUGUAUCUAGAUUGUCUAGUGUAGGAAAUUAAUAUUUAAGAAAUUAUUUUGUAAACAAAAAAUAUUUGAAACUUUUUUUAUAUAUUUGAUUAAAAUCACUAUUAUCGUAAAAAAAUAUUCCCUAAAAGAUUCAGGAUUAACUGGAAAUUGUAUACCCAUGAAAAGUUUGAGUUUCAAUAAGUAUGAACCUUAGACAAAUUGUACUUUUUUUCGAGAGUUUAUUCUCAGUAACGUCACCAGAUGAAAACUAAUAAGUAGAUUACAAAAAAUAAAAAAAAAAUAUCGCAGAGAAACAGCAUAUUAUAAUAACAUUAGUAGAAACGGUUACACAAAUAAUUGAUGGCUGUCGUUACUAAAAUGUCCCCCAGUGGGAUAGCGGUAAGUCUACGUAUUUACAACGGUAAAGUCAGGGGUUCGAUUCCCCUCGGUGGACACAGAGAAUAGCCCGAUGUGGCUUUAGUAUAUAUAUAUAUAAACCACAGCGUAAGUAAAAUUCUGUUGCGAUAUUGCAUAGCUAAACGAUUUUUUGUUUGUUUGAAAUGACAAAUUUUCAAAAUGAGUGUCAUUAAUUUUUUUCCCCUUAUACUUCGUAUAGAUAUAUUUGUGAAGCAUGUGCAUAUAAGUUCAGAAAUCCAAAUGUAAAUAUCGAAAAUAAAACAAAAGCUGAAGAAAUCAAGUUAAUUCCUUCUCAGUGAAUAUUUUUAAAAGUAAAUGAUACAGCAUUUUCAACAAUACAAAAAAACCGUUUCUCAGUUUCCCGCUAAUAAAAAAUGUUUUGUAAAUAUUGUUAACAUUGUUGGAAUUAUUUCUUGUUUAACCACUAAACAGUGUGAGAAGUAUUAUUCUGUACCUAAUAUUACUUUUUAUCGAUAUAAUGUACGAACGUAAAAUAGCUACCUUAAAGCUACCAGUAGAUGUCACGUG